UCGCAUAGGAGAAAAAUUCUUUGAAUGUCCUGAUUGUGGGAAAAUAUUCAGAUUGUAAUUCAAGUUCAGUGAUAUACCAGAGGACUCUCAAAAGAGAAAAACCUUUCAAUGUCCUGACUGUGGAAGAAGUUCCCAUCAAAAUUCCAGCCUGGUAAUAUAUCAGAGGAUUAACUCCAUGGAGAAACCCUAUAAAUGUCGAGAUUGUGGGAAAGGGUUUAUUACAAAUUCCCACUUUAUUAUGCACCAGAGGACUCACACAGGAGAGAAACCCUUUGAAUGUCCUAUCUGUGGGAAAAGUUUCAGUCAGAAUGGCAACCUUGUGAGUCAUCAGAGAACGCACACAAGAGAGAAACACUUUGAAUGUCCCAUCUGUGGGAAAAGUUUCAGUCGGAAUUCCUAUUUGGUAAUACACCAGAGGACUCACACAGGAGAGAAACUGUUUGAAUGUACUAUCUGUGGAAAAUGUUUUGGUCAGAAUUCCCACCUCAUGAGACACCAGAGGACUCACACAGGAGAAAAACUGUUUGAAUGCCCAGACUGUAGAAAAGGCUUUAGUCAGAAUUCUGAUCUCAUGAGACACCAGAGGACUCACACAGGAGAGAAACCCAUUGAAUGUCCUAUCUGUGGGAAAAGUUUCAGUCAGAAUUCCUACCUGGUAAUACACCAGAGGACUCACACUGGAGAGAAACCCUUUGAAUGUCCUAUCUGUGAGAAAAGUUUUAGUGAUAAUUCCUAUUUGGUAAUACACCAGAGAACUCACACAGGAGAUAAACCCUUUGAAUGUCCUAUUUGUGGGAAAAGUUUUAGUCGCAAUUCCUAUCGGGUAAUACACCAGAGAACUCACACAGGAGAUAAACCCUUUGAAUGUCCUAUUUGUAGGAAAAGUUUUAGUCGCAAUUCCUACCUGUCAAUACACCAGAGGAUUCACACAGAAGAUAAGCCCUUUGAAUGCCCUAUUUGUGGGAAAAGUUUUAGUCGCAAUUCUUACCUGGUAAUACACCAGAGGAUUCACACAGGAGAGAAACCCUUUGAAUGUCCUAAUUGUGGGAAAUUUUUCAUUACA